CAUGGUGUGUUCCAUAGGAAUUUCGGUUAACGAAGUCGAUUGUUGGUAAAAUAUAUACCACGAAUACCGUGAAAAGUAUCUAAGGCGAUCAUUUUUCAUUUUUCAAAAAAGCAAGUCGUAAACUUGGAGAAUAACCUUUGAAAAAUGAAUUUCAUCUAAUGUUAUACUUCUAAAUGAAUGUUAAAACUCUCGUACUAAAAACGUGACACAUUAAGAACAUAUUUGUUCAAAGCUAUCAUGGCUUAUCAUUGACCAAUCGGGAAUGCAACAUAUGUUUCGUCACUAAGUUCACUGAUUAAUAUCGUCAUAUGACCCCUAUAAAUUAACAACAAAGAAUUACAAAAUUUCCAUGCAAACGAUUUAUAAAGCAGCCGACGGACGAAACCUAAGCCUGUUUUUAGUUGGAUUUUUACUCUUGAACGCGCAACAGAGUGUUACAUUACAUUCGUGAAACAGAGAUAGAUAUGGAGUGUCUAUCCUUCGAUCCAUUAAGCAAAACGCUUACUUUAAAAAAAACUUCAAUUCCGAUACCAAAAUCCGACGAAGUUCGAAUAAAAGUCGCAUACUCAGGAAUUUGUGGAACGGAUUUGCAUAUCUUGGAAGGUGCAUUUACAUGCAAAAAUGAUGGUCCUUUUGUUCUUGGACAUGAAUUUUGUGGUACAAUCGAUGAAAUUGGAAAUGAAGUGACUAAUUUUAAAAUUGGUCAAAGAGUUACGGUAGAUCCUAACAGUGGGUGUCACAAGUGUAACGAUUGUCAUGUUGGAAAUUAUCAUUAUUGUCAAUAUGGCGGAUUAAGAAACACUAUUGGUAUUUAUAGAAAUGGUGGUUGGGCGACCCAUGUUCUUGUUCCAGAAUCUCAGAUACACUUAAUACCCGAUAAAGUCCAAAUGCAUCAGGCUGCACUUACAGAACCAUUAUCUUGUUUGGCCCAUGGUUUGAAAAGAAUUGGUACAAUACAUGUAGGACAUCAAGUACUGAUUAUUGGCGCAGGUAUCAUUGGUCUUUUUUGGUCUUGUUUAUUACAUCUACGUGGAUUACGAAAUACAGUAACAAUUAGUGAACUUCAAGAAAAAAGAAGAAAGAUAGCUUCAAAACUUGAUUUAAACUACAAGCUAAAAGAACCUAAUCAACUUAAAAAUGAUGAGUUUGAUUUAAUAAUAGACUGUAGUGGUUCUGGUCCUGCUAUGGAAACAGCUAUACAAUUGUUAAAACCUGGUGGUUGUCUCUGCAUUUUUGGUGUAGCUAAUCCUAAAGCAAAAAUGUCCAUCGAACCAUAUAAAAUAUUCAAAAAGGAACUGAGUAUUGUGGGUGUAAAUAUAAAUCCUCACACGUUUCCUAGAUCAUUAUGUCUUUUGGAAGCUAUGGCAGAUCAAUAUUUGGAUUAUGAUAAAUUAGGUAUUAAAGUUUAUAGUCUUUCCCAAUAUCGUGAAGCUUUAGAAGAACUAAAAAAAGGUAAUAUUAGUAAAGCUGUAUUCAAAUUAUAAUUGUUAUAUAUAGUUCAUUAGUCAAUUUAGAAAAAAAUGAUAUUAUAUGUAAAAUUAUUUACAUUAUGCUAGAAUUAAUUAUUUGCCCUACAAAUUUUAUCCUAAUUUCAUUUUUUAUAUUCACUUAUUUUAUGCUCAUUUCCUGUUUGCUUUAGAAGCAUUAAAAAGAAGUUAUAUUAUUAAAGCUAUAUUCAAAUUGUGAUUCAUAUAUAUAUAUUUAUAUAUAAAGCAAAAAUAACCUUAAAAUUUAUUCUCAUUAUGGCUGUUCAUCAUUUUUGAUUUUAUAAUAAUUUAUGUCAAUAUUGAGUACAAUCGUAAUUCUUGACCGAUUUCAACAAAGAAAGUCUAAUUUUGAAGAUGAAGAUUUGAGAGAGAAUAUAACUUUUACCAAUUUUUGAAAGAGCUUUUUCUUAAAAAAAAAACAAAGAGAAAAAAAAGAAAA